AUGGAUAUGGUGAUGAACAAGGCAGGUUCGUAUUUGAUUGGUCAGAAAGCUGGCAAGGAAUUCAAUUCCGUCACCAAUGAUCUUAACAACUUGCAAAACAGUAUUACUGGAGGAACCAAAAAGCUCGUGAACAAAAUGAAAGGAAAAACACAAAGGCCAUUACCAGAGCUACUAAAGGAGUAUGAAAUUCCAGCGGGCAUUUUCCCUCGCGAAGCAACAAACUACGAGUUUAACGAAGGGACAAAGAAACUUACUGUCCAUCUACCUGAGAUAUGUGAAAUUACAUACAGAGAUGCAUCGAUAGUACGAUUCAACAAUACAGUUAGUGCACAUAUAGAGAAGGGAAAGUUAGAUGAAAUAGAAGGAAUGAAAACAAAAGUGAUGUUCCUUUUUAUAACAGUUAGUGUUAUUUUGUUUGAACAAACAGAGAUUCAUUUCACUGCUGGAUUGAGGAGAACACGUCCACGAAAUGCAUAUGAAGCAAUAAGAGAUGGAAUUGGGAUAGACAAAUUUUAG